GAUUGAGGAGUCUGACCAGGGUCCCUACGCCAUCAUCCUGGCCCCGACGCGCGAGUUGGCGCAGCAAAUCGAGGAGGAGACACUCAAGUUCGGCAAACCGCUGGGCAUCCGGACAGUGGCCGUGAUCGGAGGCAUCUCCAGAGAGGACCAGGGAUUCCGUCUACGCAUGGGGUGUGAGAUAGUGAUAGCCACCCCGGGCCGACUGAUCGACGUUCUGGAGAACCGAUACUUGGUGCUGAGCCGCUGUACAUAUGUGGUGUUGGACGAGGCGGACAGGAUGAUCGACAUGGGCUUCGAGCCCGACGUGCAGCGCAUCCUGGAGCACAUGCCUGUCACCAACCAGAAACCCGACUCCGACGAGGCAGAGGACCCGGAGAAGAUGAUGGCCAACUUCGAGCUCGGCAAACAUAAGUACCGACAGACGGUGAUGUUCACGGCCACGAUGCCUCCAUCGGUCGAGCGUUUGGCCCGGAGCUACCUGCGCCGGCCGGCUGUGGUCUACAUCGGCUCGGCCGGCAAGCCCCAUGAGAGGGUGGAACAGAGGGUACAGCUCAUGUCAGAGGGAGAGAAGAGGAAGAAACUCCUGUCUCUUCUGGAGCAAGGCUUCGAUCCUCCCAUCAUCAUCUUCGUCAACCAGAAGAAGGGCUGUGACGUUCUGGCCAAAUCCCUGGAGAAAAUGGGCUACAACGCCUGCACGCUGCACGGAGGAAAGGGCCAGGAACAGAGAGAGUUUGCUCUGUCCAACCUCAAGGCCGGAGCCAAGGACAUCCUGGUGGCAACGGACGUGGCCGGGCGCGGGAUAGACAUCCAUGACGUGUCCAUGGUGCUCAACUACGACAUGGCCAAGAACAUCGAAGACUACAUCCACCGCAUCGGGCGGACAGGGCGAGCAGGGAAGAGUGGAAUAGCCGUAACAUUCCUGACCAAGGAGGACUCGACUGUCUUCUACGACCUGAAACAGGCCAUCUUGGAGAGUCCGGUGUCCUCCUGUCCUCCGGAGCUCAGCAAUCACCCCGACGCACAACACAAGCCCGGGACCAUCCUGACCAAGAAACGCAGAGAGGAGACCAUCUUCGCCUAGAGACCCAUCAUCUCCAGUCUCCUCCUCUCCCCUCCCCUCCCAUCUCAUACCACCACGAGACCAUCUGCACCUAGAGACCCCCUCAUCUCCAUUUCCCUCCCCUCCCCUCUCCUCUCGCACUACCCUGAGACCAUCUUCACCAAGAAACGCAGAGAGGAGACCAACUUCGCUUAGGAAACCCCCCCCCAUCUCAUCUCCUCAUCCCCCGCUCUCUCUCCCCCUCUCCCCACUCCCAGGGUAAGUUGAUUGUGUGUAAAUGUAAAUGUUUGAACCUAAUCCACUUUCUACGGGUGAAUAAAGGCAAAAUGUUCUCUUGUA